AGGACACAAAAAAUAUCAGAAUCUACAACCUGAACGAGGAAAAUAUUCACUCCAGAGCAAUUCCUAGCUUCACUAGACUGAAAGAUCAUUCUAGUACAACGUGACAUGAUUAUCUAGAAGAAGUUCGCAAAAUCACGCCAACAAAUAAAAGGAAACCAAACCAUGGCCACUCCCACUCAACACCACCUGUCUCCGUCUGUGACAUCAAGGAACCAAAAAAAAGUUGUCCUUCGAGACGACGCCUAUUGGAUGCGGCGUGCUGUGGAAGAAGGUGAACGUGGCCGCUUCAUCUGUGCUCCGAACCCUUGGGUGGGGUGUGUUAUCGUCAAUCAGAACCGCAUCAUAGGCCGUGGAUUUCAUCAUGGACCUGGGACACCACACGGAGAGGUUAUGGCGAUUAGAGACGUUCUUCUAGGUCGUGAAGAUGGAGAAGGAAAGAACGAUGGAGAAGAAGGUGGAGAACGAACUGAACAAGAAGAUAAAGGUCGUGGUGAAGCAUUAUUAUCACAUCCUGCCACGACUUUGUACUCGACUUUAGAGCCUUGUCAUGCAGGACCGGGAAAGCGCACACCUGCUUGCGAUGAACUCCUCGUCGCGAAGAAAAUACCGAGAGUCUGCAUUGGUGUCGUAGACUCAGACCCGAUCUUUGGUGGCCGCAAAGGCAUUGACUUUUUGCGGAAAAAUGGGAUUGAAGUCGUCGAAAAUGUCGCUCGUUCGCUUUGCGAGGACUCCUUACGACCGUAUUUGUAUCAACGCAAGACUGGACUGCCUUAUGUGACCCUGAAAGUGGGUUGCAGCUUGGACGCAAAAGUAGCUUGCGCUGAUGGGACCUCGCAAUGGAUAACGUCUGCUGAAGCACGCGCGGAUUCGCAUCUCCGGUUUCGCGCCAGUUCUCAAGCUAUGAUCGUGGGCAGCGAAACGUAUUUGACGGACAAACCACGACUCAAUGUGCGUGUGACAGAAGAAAUACGUGGGAGGUUGGCAGCUGGAGAGGGAGCGUUGGUGCUUGAACCGAGCUUGGAGCACCGGUCAAACUUUACUGGUACUAAAACAGCAACUUCGAGUGCGAAAGAACAGCAGUCUGAGCCACUCUAUCACAACCCUCUUCGCGUUGUCCUGGAUCGCCGAGGCCGAUUAGAAAGCGAGAAGCAACUUACUCCAGGUGACCAGCCUUGGCUUGUUUUUUCGAAACGCGAGUUUUCGGUUACAAAUGCUGAAGUCGUUUGUUUAUCGAAUAGCAGUUUAUCUUCAACAGGAGGAGAAGAAGCAGAGCAACAAGGCUCCUCAUCUUUAGACCAACAAGGAUCAUCCACCCUAGACCAUGCCAAACCUCAGUUAGCUCCACACGCCAUCAAGGACACACUGGCAGUCGAAGCAGACCAAGAGAAACAAGCACUAGCGUCGAUGUUACGCUACCUUGCCAGAGAAAAGAAAGUGAUUCAAGUUGUGGUAGAAGGAGGAGCUGGGGUUCAUGCGGCGUUCCUGCGUCACGAACUCGCACAGGAGUUGGCAGUGUAUCAAGCGCCGUGCCUAUUGGGAGGAAGUGCAAGAGGAUGGACGGACCAAGCGAAAUUAACAGAGACGAUGACAGACAAAAAAGAUUGUUGGAAGUUGCAAAAAAUAACGAGGCUUGGUGCCAGCGAUUUGUUAUUGCAGUAUCUUUGUUCAAGUAAUGAAGUUCUUGACCUUGAGGGAGGGCAAGGUGACAAAACUUGAUGAAGUCCAUGCUAAAAUCUGACUCGAGUGCGCUCAGCGUGUCGCGUUUUACCUUGAACUGUCUAUCGCUGUAUUAGAGCAGGCAGAAGGCUGGUAGUACCAAGUAUUCUGUCUGCAGCUCAUGGGA